AUGGUCAAAAUCGUACUCGCUGGAGGGUCCGGAAACGUGGGCCGGGAACUUCUCGAAGCGCUUCUAGUCAGAAACAAGCACGAGAUCAUUAUUUUCUCAACAAAGGACGCUCCCGAAAAAGAAAUCGCACCAGGAGUCAAAUGGUUCAAGGCAGACUACCAAGACGUCGAUCAGCUAGUGAAGCUCUUGGAAGGUGUCCGUACUGUCCUAUCAUUCAUGUCUGUCUCGCCGGGAGCGGUUGAGGCUGGAACCCGAGGGCAAAUAAACUUGAUUGACGCUGCAGUCCGCGCUGGUGUGAAGCGCUUCGCACCUAGCGAAUGGGCAUCCUCUAAACUCGACAAGUUUCCCUGGUAUGACUUUAAGCGAGUGGCUCGGGAGCAUUUGGCCGAGAUCAACAAGGAUAAAAAGGUCAUCGAGUACACGCUCUUUCAGUACGGACUCUACGCCAACUACAUGACUUACCCGUACAAUUCAUCCAAGCAUAUCACCAUGUUUGAACCGAUCAUCAACUUCAAUGCCUGUCGUGCUCUCGUCAUCGAUGACGGCGACGUUGUCUUCUCUCUCACCACAGCACAGGAUGCGGCCAAGGUCACUGCUCUGGCUCUGGAGUAUGAAGGAGAAUGGCCCGUUGUCAGUGGUAUCAAGGGCGCAGACAUCACAAUGAAUGGUCUAGUGGCACUUGGAGAGAAAAUCAGAGGUAAACCAUUUACUGUCGAACACCUCAAGAAGGAGGAUCUCCUCGCUGGCGAAGUCAAGGCUUCGUGGUGCCCAGUGCCAGAGCAUCCAUCUAUUCCCGUCGCCAUUCGCAAAGAGCGUGCGCCCGAGAUGUUGAGGUGUCUAAUGCUUGGAUAUAAGGAUGGCGCGUUUCAGGUUUCUGAUGAGUGGAAUAAGCUGUUGCCUGACUUUAAGUUUACUCAGCCUGAAGAAUUCCUAACUGAAGCUUGGGCUCGUAUCGAUGCGGGUGAGAAGAGUGUAUUCACUGACUAUUGA